AUGAUGAGAACAAAGCAAAGCACUCUACCAUUCGGUUUCAUCGCCGACAUCCUCUUCCAGAUUAUCAUCAACGGCGAUGCGAGCACCGUACCAAGUCUCUGUCUACUCAACAAGGCAACAUACGAUACAAUCAAGCUUCUAGAGCCACACAUCUGUAUAUGGUUCAUACGUCUCCAUGGCAUCGACGCAUUCGAUCCAGUACUCACCAUAAACCCAUUGACUGGAAGGCAGAAUGAUCUGACGGUGCACACUCUGGUGCGGUUUCUUUAUCGCCAUGAGCUCGCGCGACGAUUGUCCACUGAUAUUAUCCCCUCCGUAUGGGGUCCGUUCUCUGAAGAUGACAAGGUGGAGAUGAACUUUGAGGCAGAGCUCAAGCUGGCCAAACGUUUGGAACGUGGACUAUUCGUGCUCUUUCACAUGUCCGAUAUCUCCCGUGCCAUCGAACAGGAGAAGCAUAAAAAGCCAUCGCUACCUUCCAUGGUGACAAAACGACUUGUCAUCCUUGCCAGAAUGCUAGACGAAUACAGCGAGUUCCCGAUUGAAGAGCGAAAGCCGUUGUCAUUCGAGGAGCAUACGAAGCACGUCUAUACCGUUAUGAAAUGGGGCUACACCGAAGCCGAAAUCGGGAAAAAGCGACUCGAGUUCCGAAGCUACCUUGAUGACGAAACGGAGAUCGCCUUCCACUGCGUCGUGCGUAUGCUACGCGAACUGCUUGAGCGGAUGCUUCUGCGCCACGGCCCAAAAUACUGGCACCGGGACACCAGAAACGAGCAGAGCGUGCUCUCUUGGUUUCUCCUAAACCAACCACCACAAGCCCUAGAAAAGCUGCUCCUCAGUCCCCAAGACAACUGCUGCCAUUUCGAUGGGCAGUCGAUGUCCGACUCGAGGAAAUGCUGUUUCUCCGACCCGCUGGACGAUUAUUGGAACGCAUGGAAGGAUGUGCCGGAGCUAGGGUGCGCCGAGUGCGAUUGUAAGCGACGUGUCAGAAGCUGGAGCGUAAAGCCAACAUUGAUGGACGCGAGAGGGCGAGACUUCAAUCGUGCUGCGGAGCGGUAUCUGAAGGAGAUGUGGAGUCAGCGGCACGUUGGCCUCCAUCAGGCAUUUACAAUGAGUGUUUUCGCAACUGUGCUCUGA